AUGCCGGUGAAGCUAUCAUAUGAUUUGGAAGAGGAAAUCCUCUCGAGAGUUCCAUUGAGAUCUCUUGCGAGGUUGAGAUGUGUAUGCAAGCCUUGGAACAGUCUGAUUUUGGAAGAGAGACUCAUCAAGAAGAACUUGUCUCGUAUGCACAACAACAGCUAUAGCGGUGAACAUCGGUUUAUAGUCAAAGACUUGGGUCCUAAGAUUUCUGCCGUGGGCAUUGAGGAGGAGCAGCAAAACAUGUCUUUGAUCAUCCAAGACCUUACCCUUUCAAAAGUUCGACCAGAAGUCAGACCAAUUAGGGUGUACAAUAUUGUUCAUUGCGACGGUCUUUUGUUGGUUGUCAUGGACAACCAGCUUUUGGUUUGGAACCCUUUACUCAAGGAAACGACAUGGAUCAAAUGUGGCAGCGACUUUCACAGGUUCGAUGAUGCUUACAGCCUUGGAUACCUAAGCCAUUGUGAUUACAGGAUCUUAAGGUUUCGAUGUGCGUCUACCAAUACCAGAACUAAUAGACCUCGACCUCAAAGAGUUGAGGUCUGCCAAGUCGCAUCUAAGACAUGGAAGGUUAUAGAUAUGAUGAGUUUUGAUUGGACCAUCAAAGUACCAUUGUCCAUUCUCUCUUUGAGAGGAACUCCUUAUUGGAUUGGUAAUCGAGAUGAAGAAGAAGAAGAUUAUUCUUCGGCUGCUCUCGUACAAAGCUUUGAUUUUUCAAGAGAAAGGUUUCAUACCAUAGACCACCUACCAUUCAGGUAUGAUGAGUUAAAUCCUAUUGCACUAGAGAUUUAUAAAGGAGAUCGGCUUUCGGUGUUAGAGCAAUGUCACAAAACAAGGAAGAUAUGCAUAUGGGUCAAGCAUUGGCUCAUGCUACCUUCUUGGACCAAAUUGGUGGUCGUGGACAUACCACACUUUCCACUGUUAUAUCAACAUCACAGCCGCCUCGAUCCAUAUCUCAGCCAGCUAUCGACAAAAUAUUUUUUCGACAAAAACAAUAGGCUCGUCAUAACUUCUGCUGACGACCAUGAUGGAAUAACUAUCAACAGAGUCAUCAACCACAAGGAUUUCCAAGCAAUCAAAGCCAAUGAAAGUGAAGUUCUUUUUCCUUAUUUAUGCAACUAUGUUCCUAGCUUAGUUACGGUUCCUGGAUUUUCGAAACAAGACACAAGUCGGAUUCGGUGGAGAAAAACCAGAUUCAACUAG